AUGGCUGAAGAAAUCCUUGCUGAUUUACUUCAUUGUUCAACUGCAAAAGAAAUCUGGGUAAGUCUUCAACAAAUGUUUGCAACACAGAACUUGACAAAGGUAAUGCAACUUAAGACCCAAUUACAGAAUUUAAGAAAGGGUGGAUUAUCUCUAAAAGAAUAUAUAAGGCAGAUCAAGAAUUUAGUUGAUUCUUUGAAAGCUGCUGGGAAAUCUAUGAAUACCGAAGAUCAUAUUAUGCAUAUUUUAUCUGGAUUAGGGUCUGAAUAUGAAUCAACUGUAUCUGUUAUCACAGUCAAGAAAGGUCCACUAACGAUUCAAGAUGUUACAGCCCUACUACUAUCACAUCAAAGACGAAUUGAGAAAGAAAUUAGUGCAGCAAAAGAUGUAACUCUACCUUCUGCAUCUAUAAAUCUUGCUCAUCAACAAUUUGGUCAGAAUAAUCAGAACAAUUCAGUGUCAUAUAAUUCUAAUGACAAUCACAGAUAUCAGCAACACUAUUCGAAUGAUAACAAUAGAGGUCGUGGGAGAUUCCACCGCAAUGGAGGAAGACGGUGGAAUUCAAGGAACAAAAUCCAAUGUCAAAUCUGUCAUAGAUUUGGACACACAGCAGAUAGAUACUACUUUCGUAACUCGUCUGUACAACAACAGAAUCAGUAUUCAACAAGAUAUUUUCAAUCAAGUUCCCCAUAUCAUCAACAACAGAAUGCUGCAGCAAUGCUAGUCUCCUCUGAUAUAAACAAAGAUACCAAUUGGUAUCCAGAUUCUGGAGCAACAAACCAUGUUACACAUGAUUUGGGCAACCUUUCUCUCUGCAAUGAAGUAGCUAGUGGACAACAUAUCAAUACAGCUAAUGGUGCAGGAUCAAGUCACUGGUACAAUUCUACUCCAAGGGAAACUCCAUGAUGGAUUAUACACUUUUCAACUGAAUGCAUCGUCCUCUAGAGGUUCCACAUCUUCUGUUGGUCGUUCAUUGUCCAGGAAUCAAAUUACUGUCUUCUAUGUCUUCCAAUUGUCCCUCUGCUGAUUUGUGGCAUCAAAGGUUGGGACAUCCAUCCUCUGUUAUUGUUUCUUAUGUGCUUAAGAAAUGUACUACUGCACCUAUCAAUAAAACUGUAUCUUUCUGCAAUUCUUGUGCUCUUGGCAAGACUCACUCUCUUCCUUUCUCACCAUCUACUACUACCUAUACAAAGCCUCUCCAAUUAAUUGUUUUUGACCUUUGGGGU